AUGGCCUGUGAGUCAGAGGGGCAGCGGAGUCUGCGGCACCGAGCCUGGGCGGCCCCGGGGAGGGACCGUCGCGGGGAGGGGCGCAGCAAAGGCUGGGGGGCUGCAGGCGCCAGGGCCCGCUAGUGUUGCACUUCUGAACAGAGAAGAACCUAGCAGAGCAGGGCUCUCAGCCUGAGCCACCCUUUGUCUGGGUUGGGGGCCCGUGACAGGAAGGAUCAGGGAUCCGAGGGGAGGGACCGGGAAGGGACGGAAAGGCCCGGAGCAGCGGCCACCGCAGCGGAGCCAAUUUGGGAGCGGGGGUCCAGCUAAGCCGAGGAGCUGCACGGAAUGGUGGCAGUCACCUUGCCAGUGCAGCAGGCAUGGACCAGACUGCAAGUUAGGGGAUCAAGGCAUCAGUCAGGAAAAGGAGACACACGGCUAGGCUUGAGGCCUUUUCAUCGGGGUAAGUGCCAGGAAGAGGAAGGGGGUAGCAGGGCCAGUAAGAAGCCUGAGCUAAAUAUGUCAUGCUCUCAGGAGUUCUGAGAAUAGCCUCUAUGUUCCAUUAAUCCAUCAGGGAUUUGGAAACCUUCACUCCCAAGAACCUGUCUAGGUCACUUCUUCAGGCUAGGGGAGGAUCUAAAACUCAGCUGGAAGGAAGAAUACUCAUUGAUACCCCUGACCACCUUCUCUUCUCUUCACAGAUGUCCCCAGGCCCCCCAGCCCAGGCCCAAUAUAAAGGCCGUGUGGGGGGGCCCCCCUAACCCAAGGGGGGGCUUCAUGCGCCACGUGCAGGCGGAGCCGUCUCCAUCCUCAGAACCAGAGGCUGGCCCUUCACAGCCUCCAGUCAGACAGGGGGCCCUCCAGAGUGGCUUGCUCAUGGGCUAUAGCCCAGCAGGGGGGGCAACAUCCCCUGGGGUCUACCAGGUAUCCAUCUUUUCCCCUCCGGUUGGUGCCUCCGAACCUCAUAGGGCUCUGAAGCGGCCGGCCCCACCCACUGAGGUUCCCCGAGAGCUGAAGAGAGGCCCUGGGCUGGGGGCCAGAGAGGGACUACCCCCUGAAGAAUCAUCUACUGCGGGGCUAUUGGGCCCAGAGGGACUGGGGCUGGGACUGGGCGUGGCCAGCCAGCAUUUCUCCCAUCGUGGCCUCUGUGUUGUGGAACAGGGAGGUAAUGCCACUUCACCUUGGACUUCAGGGGCACAGAGUCCCACCUGGUCCCCAUCAAAUGCUUCCUGCAAUACUUUGCACACCAGAGACUGGGCUUCCCCUGAUUUAGGGGGACAGGGGUUCCUAGAGGAAUCUCCAGGGCCAGCCCCUUCAGGCCAACUGCACACACUUGACACUGAUUUGCACAGUCUUGCACAAAUAGGGGGUAAGAACCCAGUAGCUGGGGUGGGCAAUGGGGGCAACCCCUGGCAUAGGGAGUCCCCCAGCACUGCCAAUGGGCACAGUCCCGAGCACACACCCCCUGGCCCUGGACCUCCAGGCCCCUGUCCCACCAAGCGAAGGCUGCUUCCUGCUGGAGAAGCCCCAGAUGUCAGCUCUGAGGAUGAGGGGCCAGUCCCCCGGAAGCGCCGGGGGACCCUGGGCCACCCUCUUGCUGCCAACAGUUCUGAUGCCAAAGCCACACCCUUCUGGAGCCACCUGCUGCCCAGGCCCAAGGAGCCUGUAUUGGACCCAACAGAUUGCAACCCCAUGGGGCGGAGGCUGAAAGGUGCCCGUCGCCUGAAGCUGAGUUCCCUUCGAAGUGUCCAGAAGGGGCCAGGCCUGCUGAGCCCCCCCAGUGCCUCCCCUGUUCCUACCCCUGCUGUCAGCCGUACCCUGCUGGGCAACUUUGAGGAAUCAUUGCUACGAGGACGCUUUGCACCAUCUGGCCACAUUGAGGGCUUCACAGCAGAGAUUGGAGCUAGUGGGUCUUACUGCCCCCAGCAUGUCACGCUGCCUGUCACUGUCACCUUCUUUGAUGUUUCUGAGCAAAAUGCCCCGGCCCCUUUCCUGGGUGUCGUGGACCUGAACCCCUUGGGGAGGAAGGGUUACAGCGUGCCCAAGAUGGGCACCAUCCAAGUGACCUUAUUUAACCCCAAUCAGACUGUGGUGAAGAUGUUCCUCGUGACCUUUGACUUCUCGGACAUGCCUGCUGCCCACAUGACCUUCUUGCGCCAUCGCCUCUUUUUGGUGCCUGUGGGUGAGGAGGGAAAUGCUAGCCCCACCCACCGCCUCCUCUGCUACUUGCUGCACCUCAGGUUCCGGAGUUCCCGCUCAGGCCGCUUAAGCCUACAUGGAGACAUCCGCCUGCUUUUUUCCCGCCGGAGCCUGGAACUGGACACAGGGCUCCCCUAUGAGCUGCAGGCUGUGACUGAGGCUCCCCAUAAUCCACGUUAUUCACCUUUGCCCUGAUUGCCAGCAUUCUGAACGUAGGUGGGCCAAAAGCCCACCCAUCCUGCUCUAUCUUGGACAGGGUAAACACGUGGAAAGAUGGCGAGAGCUCCUUCAGGCUUGAAUUAAAGUCCUCGCCACACUCAUACCCAAAUUGAGUAUUUGGGUGUUAAAGCUUCUGAUCCUUCCACAACCUGUCCCACUCUGGGUACUCCACGUGCCUGUCCCCUCACUUGGGUUUCUCAGGCCAGCUUAGGUAAUAGGAAGGAACCAGAGCUACCCUGAGAUUGUCCCAAGUUCCCAGGCAAGUCAUGCCAGCGUUAACCCCCUGUCCUGGGCAGGGGCCACUUAUUAUUUUAUUUAUUUUUAAUUUAUAAUUUAUUCAAAUUGGAUUGCCUUGGUAACCUCCCAAACCUGAUAAUUGGCAUCACUCCUCCUCCUUUCCCACUCUCGGAUAUUGCUCCAACCUCAGGAGUUGAAGAGGCUGAUGUGGGGAGCAGAAGAGGAACUGCUCUCCCUCAGCUGAGGGCAGAGGGUUUAUUUCAGAGUGAUUGAGUCACAAGCCAAGGACUCAGCCUCCUGUGCCCUUCCCUAUUCCUUUCACUCCCCCUACCCUCUGAUUCAUUUUUGAAAGCCAAUUUGUGUGUGUGUGUGUGUGUCUAUGUCCCUGCGUGUGUGCACAAGCUCACAUUAUGAGGUAUGUGUAUGAGAAAGAGAGUGUGCGUGCAUGCACACACACAGAGGCUAAUCACCCCUCACCUAGGGCUUCAGAAUCAGUUUUCCCUAUCCUCCUACCUGUGUCUCCUUGCUUUGGAGUCCUGACUGAGGAAGGUGUCCAGGGGCAGAGUCAGGGCUAAGGACUGGGUUGCCUCCUCUCACCUGACCAGACUCUGACCCACCUACCUCAGCUGGGGUGAGGGGCACCCCUCAAACUCAGUCAUAUGGUUCCCAACUAUCCCAUUUUCCACUCCAGACUCUGACCUAGCCUCAGCCCUUAAAUUUUGGGACUUGGCUGAGGGGAAUAAGCAUUUGCUGAAACUUGAAAAAAUAAAGCAAAAACAGGAAAAAUUGUACUUGGUACAUUUUUUUUAGAAAAAAAUAAAUUCUUGGUUGGAAACUUGAA